AUGGUCGGGCCGUCGUGCGGCGGCGCGGACGGCGCAGGGAGCACGUUCGAGUACAGCGUCAGCCGCCUGGUGGAGGGCCAGAAGCUCGGGCUCGACCUAGUCUUCUCGGCCCAGCAGGUCUCGGGCCUGUACGUUCACGGGGUGAAGGAGGGCGGCCUGGUCGCCGAGACGAACCGGUCCCUGCCGGCGCACGUGCGCCUGCAGCGGGACGACCGCCUGCUGGCCGUGAACGAGACCCGCCUGGAUGGCAUCGACAGCACCAUGCCGGAGUGGCCGGUCCGCGCAGAGGCUGCGGCCCAGGCGUUGUCGUUCUCGUUGCAGGUGACCAUGCAGGUGCGCCGGCCGACCUCCGAGGCCAGCCUGGCG